AUGAAUAAAGGCAAGGGAAUUGGCACUUCUAAGCAAUUUAGGUGGACAAAGCCAAUGGAGGGUGUAUUUCUACAGAUAUUAGCUGAAGAGGCUAACAAUCCCAACAAUCCANUCAAUAGAGAUUAUGACCGUGAUUCUUACAUAAAUAGUCACAAUGUAAGAUUUCGGGUUAUUGGAUCAAGGUAUUAUAGGUCAAUUGAGACAGUUCAUCGUUAUUUUAGAAGUGUUUUGAGAGCCAUUUUAACUUUGUAUAAGAAGCUCAUAGUAUUACCGGAUAGUGAAUUAACUCCCCAUGAAAUCAUUAGCAAUCCUCGAUUUUAUCCAUACUUUAAAGAUUGUCUAGGAGCAAUAGAUGGAACCCAUAUUCGUGAUUCUGUGCCACUUAAUGUGCAAGGAAGAUUUCGCGGACGGAAAGGUGGAACAACACAAAAUGUGUUUGCUGCCGUCACGUUUGAUUUGAGAUUUUGUUAUGUGCUUGCUGGGUGGGAAGGUAGUGCACACGAUUCUCGUGUCUUGAAUGAUGCACUCACACGUCCCAAUAGAUUUAAAAUUCCAGAAGGAAAAUAUUAUCUUGGUGAUGCUGGAUAUGGCAUCCGGAAUGGGAUACUUACUCCAUACCGUGGUGUUAGAUAUCAUUUGAAGGAGUUUAGUGGUCAUCGUCCUGAGAAUAAGAAAGAACUAUUUAAUCUUCGUCAUUCGUCCUUAAGAACAACUAUUGAAAGAGUGUUUGGAAUUUUGAAGAAACGAUUCCGUGUAUUAGAUGCAGAACCAUUUUGGGAUUUUAUGACACAAGUGGAUAUAGUUUUAGCUUGUUGCAUAAUUCAUAACCAUAUUAUGGGAAUCGAUCCUAAUGAUGAAAUUAAUCAAGCAUUAGUUGAUGAUGAUGGUAGCUUGUUGACAUUAUCUCAUACUCAAAGUGAAGAAAGACACGAGGCUAAACAGUGGAAUGCAAAGAGGGAUGAAAUUGCAGAACAAAUGUGGAAUGACUUUAGUAUCUAG